AUGGCUGCUGAUUCGGGAGAAAAGCCCGCGGACGCCGGCGCCGCUGUCCCAGCUUCCACCGUCGAUCUACCUAUCCGCACCGCCAAAAAGGAAGACACUGUGCCGCCGCCGGGCCAGACCCUCACCGGCAAGCAAGAGCACUAUCUCAAGAGAGAGCUCAUCUCCGAGCAGGUCAAGUGGGAGAUCAGCGAGCUCAACUCCACCACCGCUCUCCAGCGAUUUGGCGCGCCCUUCCGAUCCGACCAUGGCGAGGUCUCUCCGCAAGAGUCAGAACUGCCUCUCCUGCGAUACAUUUUCGUUCAUCAUGUCCGCGACUUUCCCUUCCUGGACAAGGCGCGCGAGAAGGAGUUCUGGCAGGAUAAGCUUCAGGUGUUCUUGGAGUCGUUUGCGGGGAAGCAAAUCUCGUCCUCCGAGGACCGCCUCGAGGAGACGAAGCGUCGCAAGUUGGCAAUCAAGGCCAAGAAGCUUGUCGAGCUUAUGAUGGUCUCCGGAAUUGGAACUUCUUCCGGCUUCGAGGAGCGCAUCAGGUUCUCGGAGAUUGAAAUCGUCGACAGCAAUGCCAUCGAGACCGGAGUAAUGCACACCCUGCCCGAGGGUAACUACAUCAAUGGGUGGGACGUCAAUGUUGCUGGUGUUCGUGUCACCAACAUCAAGCAUACCAUCAGGCACCACAAGCAUGCAGAGUUCCUCCUGCGUGUGAAGAAGAGAGGAGAGCUCGAGUACUUUGUUGGCCGGAGAUACAGCGACUUUGCCCGGCUUCUCAAGAGGUUGCGAACCGAACUGCCGGGACGGAUUUUGCCAGAAAUCCCCAAGAAGAACAAGAGCAACACGACGACAACAUUCAUCCCCUCGUUUAGCAAUGGAAACGACUCGGAUGCAUCAUCCAUCUCAUCAGUCUCGACUCGAUUCACAAGCCGAGCGCUUGGAGUUGACGGGUCAUCCUCUAUGUUGAGUCCCGGAGGUAUGGUUCCUGUGCAUGCUAACAUGAGUCAAGGUCAUCGCAGAGCUGGCUCUUCUGCCUCUGUGCGGUCAAGGGGUCUCGCGUCACCAAAGGGUCUCGCUACCCAGGCCAUCGUUCUCUGGCGUGAAAACCAGCGAAUUUCCCUUCGGGCCUUCCUGCGCUCCCUUCUGCACAACUCACAGGUUGCCAACACGGUGGCCGUGCAAGAGUUUCUAAGUGGCAACCCUAUCACUCCAACUGAUGAAGAUGUGGAGGACAUUAUUCGAAGAAAGAUGAUCGACGAGAAGCGGAUGGAAGAACAGAAGCAAUUCUAUGAGAUUGCCAGGAGACGAGCCGCCGAGCUUGACGAGUACAUGGAGCAGUUCCGGCGAGAUAUUGUCGAGAGCAAUGGACUCACCAAGCUGUUCCAGGAGAUCAAGGAGAAGGAGACAAUCCCGGACCUCAGCAUCCAGUAUCGGAAAUUUGCCGAAUGGCUUCGAAUUGAGAUUGCCGCCGUCAUCUAUCAUCUCUUCCUCGCCGAGGACAACUCCCCCGAACUCUUCGCCCAGGCACGGCGCAUCCACUCUCUCAUCCCUUACACGGUAAUCAAGAACGUGAUUCGAAUCGCCAAUCCUGCAGCUGUCAUGUCUGGUGUCCUUGACAUCUUCCUCGCUCAGCCUUUUGGAACUCGAUCUCUCAUGCAGCGCAUCUUCUCUCUCACCCUCAACGACGGCAUCAAGAGUUUCCAACGAUCGAUUGAAGCCCUGAGCGCCAAGAUUGCAGACCCAGUCUUUACCGAUAAGCUGCAAAAGUACACGAAGGCUGAGGAGUACAUCAAGAUCGGGCUUCGUGAGGAGGCGGAGGCUGAGAAUGUGGAUUUGAUUGUGGUGAUCCUGAGGUCGGACUUGAUCGAAGGCGAGCUCACCGGGGAGCAAAUCCAGAGGCUGUUCAAUGCCUACGUCGCCUUCAACAACGCAGUGGAGAACGUUGACGAAGAGCUGCGACAGGGGGCUCAGUUGUUUUCGUACCUGAAGCAACUCCUGAAGCUAUGUACCCGUCAGCGUGACAAGCAGAUGAUGCUUGAGUUGAUCGAGGAGCCCGUUACGCUACAGCUCUUCCGGGAUCUGUUCACCAUCUUCUAUGAGCCGCUUGUGCGAGUUUACAAGUCGGCAAACGUCUACAACAGUGUCACCGACUUUGCAGUGUUUAUGGAUGAUAUGAUCCAGGUUGUCGACAAGUGUAGGGAACAAGAUGCCUCGGCAGAUCCCAACCAAACGGUGCAGGCAUUCAUUGAUUUGUGUCAACGACACGAGCACAACUUUUACAAGUUUGUACACGAGGUGCACACGCACGACAACGGUCUUUUUACUCAACUCAUGGGAUGGACCGAGGGUAUCUUGGAGUUUCUGCGAAAGGGUCCCAAGAACGGAACGCUUAAUGUCAACGCGCUAUUCGAGGGCGGCGCCAGUUCGGGAUCGAUUAACAAGGAGAAGGCAAUCGCAGAGAUUAAUUCUCUUAUCGCAUGGCAGGAGGCGCGAAAGAAGUGGCACAACGACAAGACGCGACAGAAGAUGGCUGCCGAGGGACACGCGGGAAGUGACCUGGUACCAACGGGUCUGACCUUCAAGUCGGGCGACUUUGGACUAGAUGAGGAGGACCUGGAAGACAUGGCAUAUGAUGAUGGAUCAGAGUCUGAGCGAGAGGCGGAAGAAGAGGAUGAAUUGGACCCGAUUGAGGCGGAGAGGAGGCGGAGAGAGAAGAGGCAGGAUCGACUACGGCGAAGUGCCGGAGAGCCAGCGAAGCCUGAGAUCAGCGAGGUGCAUAAGCUGAAGGACAAUUUCUUGGUCAUGUUGCGGGACAGAGGCUGGCGGCGACUCUUGUUGGAUUUGCCAUGGCCGGCCAGAGCAGAGCGAGAGGCAGAGGAAAAAGAAAGACGCACCUCGGCCGGCAUUCAAUGUCCCGGGUCGCAGCGUUCCAGUGCUCCAGUGGCCCUGUGGGAAGCUAUGGGGAGCCUAUGGCAGCCUGUGGGAGUUAUUAGUGGGAGCCAGUGUCUCCGAACUACUAAUAAGCGCAAGGUGAUUGGCCGGAUCAACCGAGGAGCCGAAGAAAUCCGUCCCGGCCAGAGCCUCGCAGUGCAUGCGCCCAAAAAUCGUCACAAAUUCGUCCAUUGGCCAGGCGAACCAAACACUCUCUCCCCCCCCAAACCCAACCCAACCCGUCUCCCUGUCCUGUGCGCCGCAAUUGCCGUCAAUGCUGACCCUCUCCGUCUUCCAGCCCGCGUCAUCGCGAACGGUCCUCUGCGGGCCAAGGAGGCCUCGCCCUUCGUGAGCACCAAGUACGCCGUUAUCGACCACGAGUACGAUGCCCUCGUUGUUGGAGCCGGUGGCUCCGGUCUUCGAGCUGCCUUCGGUCUUGCUGAGGCUGGCUUCAACACUGCCUGCAUUUCCAAGCUGUUCCCGACUCGAAGCCACACCGUGGCUGCCCAGGGCGGCAUCAACGCCGCCCUCGGCAACAUGCACGAGGAUGAUUGGCGAUGGCACAUGUAUGACACCGUCAAGGGUUCCGACUGGCUGGGUGACCAGGACGCCAUCCACUACAUGACCCGUGAGGCUCCUGCUUCCAUUGUCGAGCUUGAGAACUACGGCUGCCCCUUCUCCCGAACCGAGGACGGCAAGAUUUACCAGCGAGCUUUCGGUGGUCAGUCGCAAAAGUUCGGCAAGGGAGGCCAGGCCUACCGAUGCUGCGCUGCCGCCGACCGAACUGGUCACGCCCUUCUCCACACUCUCUACGGCCAGUCUCUCCGCCACAACACCAACUACUUCAUCGAGUACUUCGCCCUCGAGCUGAUCAUGCAGGAUGGCGAGUGCCGCGGUGUCCUCGCCUACAACCAGGAGGACGGCACUCUGCACCGAUUCCUGGCCAACCACACCGUCCUGGCCACCGGCGGUUACGGACGAGCCUACUUCAGCUGCACCUCCGCCCACACCUGUACCGGUGACGGUAUGGCCAUGGUCGCCCGUGCCGGUCUCCCCAACCAGGAUCUCGAGUUCGUUCAGUUCCACCCCAGUGGUAUCUACGGCUCUGGCUGCCUGAUCACCGAGGGUGCUCGUGGUGAGGGUGGUUACCUCCUGAACUCCGAGGGUGAGCGCUUCAUGGAGCGUUACGCCCCCACCGCCAAGGAUCUUGCCUCUCGUGACGUCGUCUCCCGAUCCAUGACCAUGGAGAUCCGUGACGGCCGUGGUGUCGGUCCUGAGAAGGAUCACAUCUACCUCCAGCUGAGCCAUCUUCCCGCCGAGAUCCUCGCUGAGCGUCUUCCCGGUAUCUCUGAGACUGCCGGUAUUUUCGCUGGUGUCGAUGUCCGCAAGCAGCCCAUCCCCGUCCUGCCCACCGUCCACUACAACAUGGGCGGUAUCCCUACCCGAUACACCGGUGAAGUCCUCACUGUCGACGAUGCCGGCAACGACCACGUUGUCCCUGGCCUGUACGCUUGCGGUGAGGCUGCUUGCGUGUCUGUCCACGGUGCUAACCGUCUGGGUGCCAACUCUCUGCUGGAUCUUGUUGUCUUCGGUCGUGCCGUCUCGCACACCAUCCGUGACAACUUCACCCCUGGCGAGAAGCUGAAGCCCACCGCUGCCGACGCCGCUGCCGACCACAUCGAGGUCCUCGACAAGGUUCGAACCGCCGACGGCCCCAAGAGCACUGCUGAGAUUCGCCUGGCCAUGCAGAAGGCCAUGCAGACCGAGGUCAGCGUGUUCCGAACCCAGGAGAGCUUGGACGAGGGUGUCCGCAAGAUGACGGAGAUCGACCAGAUGUACAGCCAGGUCGGCAUGAAGGACCGCAGCAUGAUCUGGAACUCCGACCUCGUUGAGACCCUGGAGCUCCGCAACCUCCUGACUUGCGCUAUCCAAACCGCCACCUCCGCCGCCAACCGAAAGGAGUCUCGUGGUGCCCACGCCCGCGAGGAUUUCCCCGACCGAGAUGACGAGAACUGGAUGAAGCACACCCUUUCCUUCCAGCGAGAUCCCCACGGCCCUGUCGAGCUCAAGUACCGCAAGGUCAUCUCCACCACCUUGGACGAGAACGAGUGCAAGCCCGUGCCGCCCUUCAAGCGUGUAUACUAA